UCUCAGAAAGAGAGAGAGAGAGAGAGAGAGAGAGAGAGAGAGAGAGAGAGAGAUCAGUAGUCUGCGGCCUUAAGCCACCAUUCUAUUUUCCCUUGCUGCUUUUAUUUUAUUGUUAAAACUUCACCUCACCUUCUACAAGCUUUGGUUGCAAAAACACACACACCCACACACACACACAGCAACUGCUGCAAGACGCAGCAUCUAGCGAAGAGAAAGAAAAGGAGAGAAAGAGAAAGAAAGAGACGACAGAUUGAGAGAAAAAGAAACGAAUUCGCAGAAGCUUUCAAAACAAACAGAAGAGAAAACGAUGGCUGAUAUCUUUACAUCUCUUCACACUCUCAAACUCCAAGAGCAGAAUUGAGCAAGAGGGAAAGUGAAAGCGAAGAUCAGUGAGUGACUAAGAGAUGAUGAUCAUCAUCAAUACCAAGAAACUAAUAUGGGGAUAGCAACACCACCGCUCCCUCCAAUUCUCAAGACUCACCAGUCGUCGGUUGCUCCAUUGAUUCCAUCCAAGUCUAAUUCUAUGUCCCAAGACUAUCACCAAGCUGGAAUCUUCUCUUUCUCGAAUGGCUUCGAGAGAUCCCAGGUAACUCAUCACCAAGAACAUCACCAGCAGCAACAGCACCACUUAGCUCAGCAGAUCCGCAGAGACAAACUUAGAGUUCAAGCGGGUUAUGGCCCUCCUUCUGAGCCAUUAGUGGGUAUUGAAGAUGAAGAAUCCGGUGGCCUUCCGGUCUAUGAAACUGCCGGUAUGUUAUCAGAAAUGUUCAAUUUCCCUCCUGGAGGGCCUGUCACUGCUGCUGAAUUGUUGGACCAGCCGUUGCAGUCUAAUUAUCGGACGGCUCAUCCGCGUCAACAACAGCCAGUGACGACCAACGAAUGGUACAGCAACAACCGGCAAGGGAUGGUAGGAGUUUUGGGUCCUUUAGGGGAUUCAAAGAAUCAUAAUAGCCGCGAAAGUUUAGCUCAACAUCAUCAGAUUUCAGGCAUUAAUGCAGAUUCAGCUGCUGCCAUGCAGCUUUUUCUCAUGAAUCCACAGCCAAGAUCACCAUCUCCUGCUCCUUCACAUCCCCAUCAUCCUCCUGCGACUUCUUCUACACUUCACAUGUUGUUACCAAACCCAUCUACUUCUCUUCAAGGGUUUAGCGUGUCUGGUCAUGGAGGAGCUUUCGGCGCUAGUAGUGAGAUAUCUCCCCCACAAUUCACAUGGGUUCCUGGUAGUGCUAACGAAGGAGCCAACACUGGUGCUCAGCUCAAUAACCCAGUUGAGAUUGGCAGUGUUGUGGAAGGACAAGGACUUUCUUUGUCAUUAUCAUCAUCGUUGCAGCACUUGGAGGCAGCCAAAGCAGAAGAAUUGAGGAUGGGAGAGAGUGGAUUAUUAUAUUACAAUCAAGGAGGGGGCUCCUCUUCUGCUGCUGCUCAGUAUUACAAGAAUUUGGGUGGUCAACACCAGGCAUUGCAUUUGCAAGCAGGAGUUGGGCAGAACCAUCAAGUUCAUGUUGGAUUUGGAUCUUCUUUAGGAAUGGUUAAUGUUUUGAGGAAUUCCAAGUAUGUGAAAGCAGCUCAGGAAUUGUUAGAAGAAUUUUGCAGUGUUGGGAGAGGUCAAUUCAAAAAGAACAAAUAUACUAGGCAAAACACCAACCCUAGUUCCAAUAAUCCAGGCGGCAGUAGUGGUGGCGGUAGCGGUGGCGGCGGCGGCGGCGGCGGUUCUUCAUCUUCAACAAAGGAUUUCCCUCCUUUAUCAGCUUCUGAUAGGAUUGAGCACCAGAGGAGGAAGGUCAAACUUUUAUCCAUGCUUGAUGAGGUGGAUAGAAGAUACAACCAUUACUGUGAACAAAUGCAAAUGGUGGUGAAUUCAUUUGACCUAGUAAUGGGUUUUGGAGCAGCAGUUCCUUACACAGCCCUUGCCCAGAAAGCAAUGUCAAGGCAUUUUCGAUGUCUAAAGGAUGCAAUUGCAGCACAGUUGAAGCAAAGUUGUGAACUACUUGGUGAGAAAGAUGGAGCAGGGACCUCAGGCAUAACAAAAGGAGAGACUCCAAGGCUAAAAUUGCUAGAGCAAAGCUUAAGACAACAACGAGCCUUUCACCAAAUGGGUAUGAUGGAACAAGAUGCUUGGAGACCACAAAGAGGCUUACCUGAAAGAUCUGUCAACAUUUUGAGAGCUUGGCUUUUUGAGCAUUUUCUCCAUCCGUAUCCAAGCGAUGCAGAUAAGCAUCUGUUGGCUCGACAGACUGGUUUAUCGAGAAAUCAAGUUUCGAAUUGGUUCAUUAAUGCAAGGGUUCGGUUGUGGAAACCAAUGGUGGAAGAGAUGUAUCAACAGGAGGCUAAAGAAGAUGAAGAUGGAGGAGUUGAUGAAGAUAGAGAAAGAAAGCAAAACAACAACAGUAAUAACAAAAGUGGGGUUGCACUUGCACAGACACCAACACCAACUGAAUCCUCAUCAGCACCUUCCACCACCACAACACUACCACCAGCACCAGUACCAGCACCAGCAGGCAAAAGAUCAGAAAUUACCAAUGAAAAUGACCCUUCAAUUCUAGCAAUCAAUAGACAAUGUUUCUCGGAAAACCAAGCAAAACACUCUCCUUCCACCACCGCCACCACCAUUAUUACUCCAACCACAGAUCAAGUAGCGCCACCACCAUCCCAUGCACAGCCUUUCCAUGACUUGACGGAUGAAACGUGUCGCCGUGGCAGCAACAUGGUGGCUGCAGCUGAGUAUGGGACCACCUCUGUUCAGCAUGCCAAUGCUGGACCUGACAUUGGGCCUACUCUUAUAAGGUUUGGGACCACAGCUACCGCUGGCGAUGUGUCGCUCACUCUAGGGCUACGCCAUGCCGGAAACAUGCCAGAGAAGGGUUCUGCGUUCUCUUUUAGGGACUUUGGGAACUGUUAAUUAAUUUAAACCCUUUCAUUUCUUUAUAUAUAGCACCUUCAACAAAAAUAUUUAUUUUCA